AUGAUGAACCACGCUCGAGUCAAGGCCCUCAAGGGCGACGGAAAGACCACAUCAAAGAAAGCCAUCAAGUCAGGUCGUGCUUCUGCUGGUUUGACUCCUCGAGGCUCUCCUUUCGCUUCGCUUCUUACGUCACCCGCGCAUUCCGCAGCCCCAAGCCGGGCUGCUUCUGACGAGAGUGAAGAUGACUUCGAAUACGACGAUACCAUGAGCGUUGCUUCCGGAAGCUCUCUAGUCGACACCAACGAAGACGGCACCAACACAUUCGACGCCAAGCAGUUUAUGGAAGAACUUCAAGAUCGCAAGCACAACAAUAGCGAUGCGCGAACUCAACUGCUGGAACUCUACAUCAAGGUUUUGCGACAUCGAUUUGCCCCUGCCACCCACGAGUGGCUUGAUGAGUCGGCCAACGAACUCGCAGAGCUUUUCAUUCGUGGCGCUAACCGCGGCAUGGACGCCAGAGAGCGGCUACUUUACCUUCAGGCAUAUCUUCUGACUCUUAGUUCCUCAGAGGACGCCAACGUUUACGAACAUGCCGAAGGAACUCUCAAGCAGAUAAUUGCCGACGACGAUGAUGAGGAAUGCAAGGCUUUUGGCAUCUACGCAUUGUGCUUUACUGUGCUUUAUGGCGGCGGUGGUGAGACGGAGGCCCUUGAGCUGCUCGACUAUCUAUACGCUAUUGUUGAAUCUGACGGAGACAAUAUUGAUUCCUAUGACAAUGGAUUCAUCGUUGCGGCUGCUCUUCGAGGUUGGACCUUUGUUGCUAGCCAUGUGGACGACUUUUCAUAUGCCGCCACCAUGGCUUUGGAUGGAUUUUACGAACAGCUUGACAGCGUUGAUGUUGGUGUUCAAGCUCAGGCCGCUGCCUGCAUUGCACUCAUUUUUGAGGCGGCGCGCAACCAUGAGGAAGAGACAGGAGAAUCCUGGGAUCUUCCCGUCAACCCAGAGAAGCUCACAGGUCGCAUGUCAGAGCUCGCCAAGCAGAGCUCCAAAUCAGUCUCAAAGAAGGAUCGCCGAGAUCUUCGAGAUAGCUUGAUGAGUGCUAUCACCUCACUCGAGAAGGGUGUCGGACCAGGAUAUUCGUCAGCUGGCUAUACACCUCAGAAGGGCGAUAAGCGCCCAACCUCCAAGCCCAAUGAGGAUGGUGUUAUUGAAUUUGGAUACCGUUACAAACUUCGCCUCGGUAACUACGUCGCCGUGAUCGAUUCGUGGUCACUCUCUUCCAGAAUCGACAUGAUGAGGCUUCUGUUUGGAGGACACCUACAAAAGCACAUUUUUGACAACCCUGUCGUUGCUGAGUGUCUAAGUGACGCCGACUUUAGCGACCAGGGACCAGUUGCUAAGAAGUCCCCUAAGAAAUAA